AUGGCCUCUGGAAUCAAGGGACGGGUUCUUCGCAUAGCCGACGAGGUUGGCUUUAUCACGCUUAAGGACUCCUGCCGGGAUACCAAGCUACUAUGUCUCCAAAGAUUUGUGCGCAUGUACGCCUUUGGCAUCUCUUUUCUCGUCUUGGUUGACUUUCUCUCGUCAAAAUCGUUUACCGAAUCGCAAAUCGGGCUGUUCAUGACCCUGACCCUUCUCGGCGACGUGCUCGUGAGCUUGGUCUUGACCUCCAUCACUGAUCAAGUCGGAAGGCGCCGAAUUCUGCUGGCUGGGUCGGGGCUAAUGAUUGCAAGUGGUGUGGUCUUUGCCGCUGUCGACAACUACAUUGUUCUCCUCAUUGCCAGUAUUUUUGGCGUCAUUAGCCCGACCGGCAAUGAGAUUGGGCCCUUUAGAGCCGUGGAGCAAUCCGUUCUCGCUCACCUGACGGACAAGUCAAAGCAUAGCGACAUAUUUGCCUGGAACAUACUGAUUGGCACGGCUGGCGCCGCCCUCGGGGCAGUCUCGUCUGGUUUGACAGUGCAUGUGCUCGAGAAUGUCCUUGGUUCGACCAAGAUCUUUGCGUACCGUAUUAUUUUCUACGAAUACGCCGUUGCGGGUGGCAUCAAGUUAUUCUCGACAAUGCUCCUGAGCAAAAGAGUCGAGGUCGAACCAGUCAAGGUUCCCGAGCCCGAAUCUGAACUCGAGCUUGAGCAGGGCCUCUUGUCCGGUGAGGAUGAUUCCGACAACGACGACGAGUCCAAUAGUGCCAACCGUCCUGAAGUCCGGCCAAACGCACGCGUGCCACAGAAACAACGGACUUCGUUAUCGGGUCGGCUUCGGUCUUUGCUUCCUUCCAUAUCACCGGCAUCCAGGGCGAUACUUUUCCGGCUGGUAUUCCUCUUCUUCAUGGACUCGUUUGCCUCUGGUAUGGCAACGUCUUCAUGGAUCACCUACUUCUUCACCACGGUCCACUCUCUCCGCCCAGCUACGCUCGGUGUGCUGUUCAUGAUUACAAACAUUUGCGCCACACUGUCCAACCUCUUUGCGGUGCCCCUGGCCAAACGCCUGGGGCCGCUCAAGACCAUGACGUUUACGCAUCUUCCGUCGGCCGUCUUUUUGGCCGUCAUGGCCAUUCCGCCGGCCUCGGGCGCGGGCACCUGGAUUGCCAUGACCUUUUUGACGCUGAGGGCGUGUACCCAGAGCAUGGAUCAGGCACCCCGACAAGCGUUUCUCGCUGCCGCCGUCUUGCCGGAUGAGCGUACCGCCAUCAUGGGGUUUGUCAAUGUGGUCAAGACCCUGGCUCAGUCGGGCGGUAUUGGCCUGGCUGGUGUUCUGGCUGAUCACAAGUGGUGGGUGGUUCUCUUUGGCGGCGCCGGUCUGCUGAAAAUCUCGUAUGAUUUACUUCUGCUUUGGAUGUUCUUGCGCGUCAAGGACCGUGUACCGGCAAUGAACUAG